CUGCUUUUGGAUCACAGCAUGAUCCUUUUGACCCAUCUGGAGUCAUCUGUUGGUAUUCACUAUAUUUUCUGGACCAUAAGGCGUACCGGAUUAUAAGAUCUCUCACGAUGCAUUGUAGUUAAAGAAGAGGAGGAGGUUCCCGUUGAGCUCAAUAACCAGGAUGAGAAUUCCACUUUAGAUCGAGAGGAACCAGAACCUCUGGGGAUAAAACAGGAGCAAGAGGAACCGGAACAUCAACAUUUAAAAGAAAACCAACUCUGCAUCAGUCAGGAUGAAGAGCAGCUUGUGCAAAAACAGGAUACUGAUUCUCCUGAAGUUGAGAAUCGGGAUCAAGAAGAAAUUGAUUCUGAAAAUCAAGGAAAAAAUAGAGAUGAUCAGAAAGAACAUGAGAGACGUCAGAAGACCAAACAGCAGAAAGGGACUCUCCCAGGCCACAGUUUGUAUUCCUGUGAAAUUUGUGAUAAAAUCUUUUCUGGAGAAAAGGGUUUUACAAUACACAUGAGAAAUCACAUGCGAGAAAACAUAUGGAUGUACAACCUGUGGAAAACGUUACUAUAGCAGAAGUGGUUUAAAUCUGCACAUGAGAGCCCACACUGGGGAAAAACCGUUCACAUGUGCAACCUGUGGAAAAAGCUAUGGUAGCAGGGUUUCUUUACAUUUUCAUAUGAGAACUCACACAGGGGAAAGGCGGUUCAAAUGUGUUGUUUGUGGAAAAGAUUUCCGUCAAAGUUCAGCUUUACAUACUCACAUGAGAACUCACUCAGAUCAGAAGCCUUAUUCAUGCACAACCUGUGGAAAAAGGUUUUCUAAUAAAAGCGUGUUAAAUUCUCACCUUAUAAUUCACACAGGUGAGAAACGUUACUCAUGUAUUGCUUGUGGAAAACGUUUUAGUCAGAAAAGUCAGUUACGGUAUCACAUGAUGACUCACACAGGUGAGAAACCCGUUUCAUGCAUGACCUGUGGAAAAACUUUCACUCAUAAAGGUAAUUUAUCUGAGCACAUCAAAACUCACACAGGUGAGAAGCCUUUUUCAUGUUCUACUUGUGGGAAAUGUUUCAGUCACAAAAGCCUUUUAAGAAAUCACAUGAGAAGACACACAGGUGAGAGGCCUUUUUCAUGUACCACCUGUGGAAAGACUUACAGUGAGAGAAGUGGUUUAGCUUAUCAUGUCAAAACUCACACAGCUGAGAGACCUUUCUCCUGUGUGACCUGUAAGGCAAGUUUCCGAAAACAAUCCUUUUUAACACAUCACAUGAAAACUCACACAAUUGAGAAGACGUUCUCAUGUGUGACCUGUGGAAAAACUUUCACUGAGAAAUUGGAGCCUCCGUGA